AUGGAGUAUAUCAAGAAGGCUAUCUACGGGCCGGACCCGAAGGAGCAGAUGCGCAAAAUCAACUCUUUGUUGCGUAAGAACAAGCGUGAGUUGGAGAGACUGUUGAACCAGCUUCAGCCAUUGAAGAAGAAGACAGAGGGCUUGGUUAAGAAACUGGCCAAGGCCGGAGAUUACAAACUGGCUAAAAUCUACGCAAGAGAGCUCAUCAACAUCAACAACCAGCACAAAAAGCUUCAUCUUCUGAAAACCCGACUUGAGUCCAUCACCAUGUCGAUCAAUGAACAGUGGCAGAUGAGAAAGAUGUCGCAGUCUAUCCAGCAACUGACGGGAAUCAUGAAGGAUGUGAAUGCCUUGACCAACAUUGGAGUCAUUACGGGCACCAUGCAAGAAUUGUCCAAGGAGUUGAUGAAGGCAGGUAUCAUCAAUGAGAUGAUGGACGACAUGGUCGACUUGGACGUGGACGAGGAACUAGAGGACGAGAGUCAGGAGGAGGUGAACAAGAUUAUUCAAAGCCUUACAGAAGACAAAUUCUCCAAGAUCGAAUCCGAGGUGCCUCAGACAGGCUUGGAGCAAGAGCCCGAGAUCGAGGAAGAGGAGGAUACAGAGGCGUUGGACGAAAUGCGCCAGCGUCUCAAGGAGUUGCAAGAGUAA